UUGCUAUACAAAGAAAGAAGAGGGCUGCUUUGAUUUGCUCCUCUUUCUCAUUUGGGCUGUUGAGCGAAUCGCAGCACGAUUCCAUGGCGGCAGCUACGGAAGCGCCGGCGAAGAUCAUUGACAAGAUCUGGAUGGAGCUGGGGACAUUGGAUCAGAUCAGCGAGAGCGAGAAGAAGGGAUUUGUGAGUCUUGUGCAACGAUACCUUAGUGACAAAGGCGAGCAGAUUAAGUGGGAAAAAAUCCAGCCUCCUACCAAUAAGGACGUUGUUCCUUAUGAAGAUCUCGAGCCUGCGCCUUCUGAUCCCGCGGCGACCAAGGCUUUGCUUGACAAGCUUGUUGUUCUAAAGCUCAAUGGAGGUCUUGGAACGACAAUGGGCUGUACUGGUCCCAAAUCUGUCAUCGAAGUGCGAGACGGUCAGACGUUCCUCGACUUGAUUGUGCAGCAGCUAGAGGUUCUUAACCGCAAAUAUGGCUCGAACGUGCCUUUGGUGCUUCUUAACUCGUUCAACACAGAUGAAGAUACAGAACAGAUAUUGAAAAAGUACAAGGAUUCAAGCUUGGAUAUUAUCACUUUUAAGCAGAGCCAAUACCCACGUAUCGUUUCCGAAGACGUGAUGCCUUGGCCAUCAAAAGGCAAGACUGACAAGGACGGCUGGUAUCCUCCUGGGCACGGGGACGUUUUCCCGGCUCUUGUCAACAGUAAGGUUCUUGAUAAACUGGUCGCACAGGGCAAAGAAUACGUGUUUAUAGCAAACGCUGAUAAUUUGGGAGCCACAGUCGACCUCAAAAUUUUGAACCAUCUCGUUAAGCAUAAGAACCAGUACUGCAUGGAGGUUACGCCAAAAACAUUGGCCGAUGUGAAAGGUGGAACACUGAUAUCUUAUGAAGGCAGAGUACAAUUACUAGAAAUCGCGCAAGUCCCUGAAGAGCAUGUGGGUGAAUUUAAGUCCAUCGACAAGUUCAAGAUCUUCAACACCAAUAAUCUGUGGGUGAACUUGAAAGCCAUCAAUCGAUUGGUCUUGGAAGGGGCCCUGCAAAUGGAAAUCAUUCCGAACCCCAAGGAAGUGAGUGGCGUCAAGGUUUUACAACUUGAGACUGCAGCAGGAGCUGCAAUACGAUUUUUUGACAAUGCCAUCGGUAUCAACGUUCCGAGGUCGAGGUUUCUGCCUGUCAAAGCAACGUCGGAUCUGUUGUUGGUCCAGUCCGACCUGUACACAGUCAAGGAAGGCUCCGUGAUGCGGAACCCUGCGAGAAAAUCCCCGCACAAUCCGAUAAUUGAUCUUGGUCCCGAGUUUAAAAAGGUUGGAAGUUUCAUGGAAAGGUUCAAGGCCAUUCCCAGCAUCGUGUAUCUGGAGAGCUUGAAAGUGGUGGGAGAUGUAUGGUUUGGUAGAGAUAUCACGCUAAAGGGCAAGGUUGUCAUCGAUGCCAAGGCCGAUAAAAUCGUGAUCCCCGACAGCACAGUGCUGGAGAACAAACUAGUCACACCCGGCCCAAGUUAUGCAGAUAUCUAGUGGGGCUGGUGUUUUAUAUGUUUGGGAAGGAUCUGUGGGGGUUACCACUGAGUGAAACCAAUGGGUUUUUCGCAUUUGAGCCGCGUAAAAUAAGGGAAUCGAGAAAAAACAAAUGGCUGCUGCUUUUCUCUUAUGCUAA